UUAACUAAAUAUUUGGAAGAUGUCUGGUAAAUCAUAAAAGUUUAUAGGAAGAGGAAUCAUAAUAUUCAGAACAUCCAGGAGGUUGGAUAGAAUGGUUUUGUGCACAUGAAGAUCACUAAUUUUUAUGUGAAGUUGAUGAUGAUUUUAUUCGUGAUCCUUUCAAUUAAAUUGGAAUCAAAGGAAAAUUUAAUUUCUUUAUGUAUUAUUGUCUACUAAUUCUAGUGAAGCUAUUAGUAUGAUUUUAUAGCCUACAUCACCAGAAGAUUAAGACUUAGAAGAUGAAAGGUUUUCUUAUAUUACAUCACAAAAGAUUUUUAGAAGUUUAUUAAGAGGCAUCUGACAUUUAUGGUUUACUCCAUGCUAGAUUCAUAUUUACAUCCAAAGGAUCUGCAAUCAUGCGUGAAAGAUUUUUAUAAGGAAAAUUUGGUCAUUGCCCUCGUAUUUAUUGCGAAAAGCAAAAUGUAAUACCUAUAGGACUUUGUGAAGAUCUUAAAACUGCCAGAAUCAAAGUAUUAUUUUAUACUAAUUAGGUUUUUUGCCCAAGAUGCGAAGAAGUUUACAUGCCAAAGAAGAAAUGUGCUGAUAUAGAUGGAGCAUAUUUUGGAAAAUCAUUUCCUCAAUUCUUGUUAAUGGUUAAUCAAUUUCAUAUUUUACUUAGACCUAUCCAGAUCUACAUCCAAAAUUUUAAUUAUUACCAGAUACUUAGAUUUAAGUGGAUUUUGAACCAACUUUGUUUGGAUUCAAAAUAGCAGGCAAAUAAGGUAGCAAAAUUAAGAAAUUUGAAUAAUCUUUCCUAUGUAAUCAUAGUAUUACUCAACCAAACAUAUAACCAAUUGAGUAAAAUAUACUCUAAUAGGAGUAAAAAUAAUAUAGGAUAUAAAAAUAAUAAUAAUAAGAAUAACUGAAUUAGGAACUAAAUCAACAAUCAUAGGAUUAAAAUAAAGAACAAAAAUAAAAGAAAAAGAACAAAAAAAAACAUAAACAGUGAAUUUAAAUCAAUUUGGG